UUGUCGUUACUUAGGAGUGGGACAAAUAGCCUGUGGCUUCAUUGCUCCGCAGGCUGAAUGUGAAAGCCGGGAAAAUGUGAAGGAGAAUGUCUUGUAUCUGAAGGGAAUUUCUUUCUGCUUGUGUGCAGAGGAUCGGAUUCCCCAGCUAGUGUCACGUUUCAGCUUUCCCACAUGAAGUUUGGAACACUUGGUUCAGAACGGAGCUUUUAAGUCCUCGAGAUCGUAAAGUUGGAAAGGCUUGUUUUGUUUUGAGUGUUCAGAGGCUCAAGAAACGUUUUGCUUCCCUGCUCACGUCGGAGAAGUUGGUGUCACGUUUCAGCUUUCCCGCAUGAAGUUUGGAACGCUUGGUUCAGCAGGGAGCUUUUAAGUCCUCGAGAUCGUCAACUCUUAAAGCCUUGUUUUGUUUUGAAUGUUUAGAGGCUUGGGAAACGUUUUGCUUCCCUCCUCACAUCUGAGAAGCUGGCGUAACGUGGUCGACCAAACCCUUAAUCAGUUCUGCCAGUGCGAAGGGAUCUCGUCUUGUUUCAGUAUUCUCUGAUGUGUGGAAUUCGGAACUUCUGAAGCAGGGAAAGAAAUCCGAGUGGGAAGCGUUCUGACUGAGCCUGGAAAAAACCGAGUGAGGAGGUGAGGCUAGUGAUGGGGUCAAGUGAGUUGUUGAUUCAUGGCCAAGAUAAUCGUGGAGGCGGUGAGGUGGAAAAGAAAUCGGAGAUUCCGCUCUACACAAUGCAAGCCUUGUGGGACGGAAAAAUAUCGCUGAAGGAUUUUGAAGUGGUAGGAAUGGAUAAACCUAUAAUACCUCACGAUGUCUUUGAGCCGGAUGAAGCGUUACCCGUCAUCGAUGUAGAAGCGCUCCUUGGUGCUGACAACGAGGCUCGACUUGAGAACAUGGUCAGAAUGCUAGAAGCAGCAAAGACGUGGGGUUUUUUUAAAAUUCGCAACCACGGCGUGUCCCUGGAAGUGGUGAAGAAAGUGGAGGCGAAUGUGAAGAAAUUCUUCGCAUUGCCCAUGGAGAAGAAACUAUUGGUAAAAGCCAACAACUUCUCUUUCGGGUAUGUUGGGGGAUCGCCAGUCAGCUGGAAAUACAAGUGGUGGCUAGAGGGGCUACAUAUGAAAGUUCAAGACGAGGCAAUAAAGAAUAUUGUGGACCUGGUGUGGUCCGAUGAUGAAGAGUUUUCUACAGAAUUCACAGCUGAUUUGACAAACUAUUUCGCCAUCAUGCGAGAUCUGUCACGUCUGAUCGUAGAAUGCCUGACUGAAGGCCUCGGCCUUCCCCGUGACACUUACACCAAACUCGAAACGCCGAACGCCAUUUGCAACGCACGUGUGAAUCACUACCCCGCAUGUCCCGAUCCGUCCAGUGUGUUCGGCAUCCCAGGCCACACCGAUCCCCAAAUGCUGUCUAUUCUGUACCAAGACGACGUCGGAGGCCUGCAAGUGCUCAAGGAUGGCAAGUGGAUCGGCAUUCGUCCCGAUGACUCUACCUUCGUGGUGAAUCUGGGCGACACUUUUCAGGUCAUUUCGAACGGCAUUCUGCACAGCGCAGCCCACCGAGUCGCGGUGAACACCACCAGGUCCCGGUACGCAACCAUCUAUUUCUACGGGAUCGACAAUGAGAUUCCACUCUUCAUCCCACCCCAACUUGUCACUAAAGAGAGGCCGCUUAAGUACCGGCCCUUCACUGUAAAUGAAUAUAGAGAACACCUAGUGAUAAAACAAGUUCCUAUGGAUGGCGUCAAGUAUCUAGAGAUGGAGCCCGAGAUCCAAGACGCUGCAUCGCCAUCCAACUCCUCACAAUAACACACUUUUUUCGAGUUAUGUAAAUUCAAAACAUGUAAGCUUCCGAGUGCUGAAGGUGUAGAGAUUCAGUCAGACCUGCUGUCCAACCUGAAUUAAGAAGAGUGUCUGACAUGGUACGUUAUAGAUGACUACUGAAGCCAGGUGAUUUAGAGCGAAUCACCUGCAACAUGCAUGUCCGGAACUCAAAGAAAGAAUAACACCCCAUGUUAGUGACAGACACUUAGAGAAUUAUGUGGAGUGUACACGUUGCAGUUCGUCGCAGUGAAUUCCUGGGCUGGAAGAUUUUCAGCAAGUGCGUCUGAUUUACUGGUGCAUUGUCGAUACGGGGUUGUUUCUUCGGAUGGUGGAGUCGGACCCGGAGCUUCUGCACUACCUCCAGCUGAAUCUCGUGUGCUUUGUCCCGAGUGCACCUGAAUUGUCGGAGUAGGUUUCCUUUGUCCAGUUCUACUCCUUUACGAGUGAAAAGUGGGAUUUUAUUAGCACACAUGGAAUCGGAUACAUUUUAUUCUUUUUCGACACAUGACGAGUAUUCCCGUUGCAUUGAUAGAUUGCAACCGGAUACGUUCAACGCAAAGGGAUAGGUAACUGAAAUGCUCAUGCCUACCCGAAAUAGCGAAUCAAGUGGCCUAUAUUUUCAGCUAAAUCUCUGCAUAGCCCAGUGUCGAACCAUCUAUUCUGUCGCCACAGAGCCCAUGGAUAAUUGCUCUAGGCUGGAGUAUACACAGUAAAUGUUAAAGGAAAAGAACACGCUGGCUUAGUAAAGCAACUGUAGAAAUUUUGCUGCAAAGCCAGUAUGUCUUCCCCCCUUCUUUUGGAGAAGAUGUGUAUCGAUCCGUAAAGUAUGCAAUCAUCGUCCAGUAAAAUACAAUUGGACGAAAAGUGGCAUUGAAUGCGUAUUA